UUGAUUCAAUUUUCGGCCAACACAUUGUAAAAAUCAAAACUUUUUCAAAGAAAGCACAACCUAUAGCACUUUUCAAAGAAAGCACAGCCUAUAUAUACGUCAAAACCAUUCCACAAGAAUCUAUUAACACGUCCCCUCUCUCUCUCUCUCUCUCUCGUCUGUCUCUGCUAACUCAGGGUAUGACAUUGGCAGCCAUGGUGUCAAAGCUUAUGCGUGCGGUUCAGUACAACAGCUAUGGUGGAGGAGCUUCUGGUUUAAAGCAUGUAGAGGUUCCAGUGCCCACUCCAAAGAAAGGUGAUAUCUUGCUGAAAUUGGAAGCAGCUACUAUAAACCCGGUUGAUUGGAGAAUUCAGAAAGGCAAGUUGCGGCCUUUUUUUCCACCCAAAUUCCCUCAUAUACCUGCUACUGAUGUUGCUGGAGAGGUUGUAGAAGUUGGAAAAGGGGUCCAAAAGUUCAAACCGGGCGACAAAGUUGUGGCAUAUCUCACCCUCGCUAAUGGAGGUGGAAUGGCUGAGUUUGUCACAGCUAGUGAGAGCUUGACAGUUGCCAGGCCACCUGAAGUUUCAGCAGCUCAAGGUGCAGGCUUACCUAUUGCUGGUCUCACAGCUCUGGCUCUCACCCAAGCUGCAGGGCUUAAUCUCGACGGAAGUGGCCAGAAAAAGAACGUCUUGAUUACUGCUGCCUCUGGUGGUGUGGGCCAUUAUGCAGUCCAACUAGCAAAGCUCGGAAACACUCAUGUUACAGCCACAUGCGGUGCUCGUAACAUCGAAUUUAUCAAGAGCUUGGGGGCAGAUGAGGUUCUUGACUACAAGACCCCAGAAGGAGCAGCUCUGAAUAGCCCAUCUGGUAGGAAAUAUGACAUCGUUUUCCAUUGUGCAAUAACGGGCAUUCCCUGGUCAACUUUCAAACCUAAUUUGAGCGCCAACGGGAAGGUUAUAAACAUUACUCCUGGUCCAAGUACCUGGGCUACUAUUGCUCAGAACAAACUCACCUUCUCCAAGAAGCAGCUGGUGCCACUGCUCAUGAGUGCUAAGAGUGAGAACCUUGAUUAUCUUAUCAAGUUAGUGAAGGAAGGAAAGCUCAAGACAGUGAUCGACUCUAAGCACCCUCUAAGCAAGGCUGAAGAUGCUUGGGCUAAGAGUAUUGAUGGACAUGCAACUGGGAAGAUAAUUGUGGAGCCUUAAGUAGAAAACUGUAGUGGGAUAUAAACUUCAUGUCUUUAAUGGGAGUCGUUUGUUUUUUGGUCGAAAUAAUGGAAGUCGUUUGAUACA